UGCAAUAAAAUAAAAGUUUUCAUAAUUGUGAAUUACAGCUAUAUAGAAUAUUAUGGAGGUGCUUUCCAGUGAAAAAUAUUUGAUUGCACGUGCUAAACAGACGUCUGAUCCAUACACGGCAAAAGCUUGGAUUAUUGCUGCCAAAACCUUAUUCCCGAACGACUUUGGGGUUCAGUUCGAGGCAUACGAAAUAGAAAAAAAUGGUAAAAAUUUUGAGGAAGCAGCAAAAUGUUUGAGUUAUAUAAUUAUGACAUUCCAAAACGCUCAUCAAACACCGGCUAGUUUGCUGAAUGAAAUUUCUCUAAUGACUGCGGCGCUGCGAGUACCGGAAGGAACGACAACUCCAGAGCAGGAGUUCUACGUAAAAAUGUUCCAAUAUAUUUCGUGUGAAGUGCAGCAUAAGAUUCUAUUGCUUACCGCUGCUCAUUCCAACAACAAUCUGGAUCAUUGCAGGUUAAUAGUGCUGUUGUUAAAACGUUUUCCUCAAGCCGUUCCUACGCACGCACCCCGUUUGAUUGAUACCCUAGUACAAAACAUCGCUAUUCCUAGUUUCAAAGAGAUGCUCGUUCAGGAAGCCAUUCCGUUGAUAUUCAAUCGUCCACCAGAUUUACACAACAAAUUGGUUCAUCAGAUAAUGGCUAUUUGCUUCGAAUAUUACCUCAACCAGAUGCUGGUAGAAUCCGAGGAUAAAGGUCGCUUAGUGACUGAUUGCUGGCGUAAAAUUUUUGAAACAAUGGAAUUUUGCGGAAAGAUUCUGAAAUGGGAGCCAUUUGUGCCGUACAAGAAGGGCUGGAGUAAGGAUAUCUAUUGGCAAAAGAUUAUACAGAUAGUGCAAUCGGCGCCACCGCGGCCCUCCGAGAAUAAACAGAUUUUGUUUUGUGCAACGAUUGUGUUCGUACUCUCACUUCAAGAGUACAUAAACUUUUCACGCCUCAAAGGUAAAGAUGGUGAAAUUGAGGUAGUUUUGGUGGAUGGUUUAAAAGAUAUAAAACUAGAUCUGAAGCGGAGACAGCUGGAACCUGUUUUGGAAAUUCCGCAGGUGAUUGUAAAUGGGCCCGUCAAUCCAGAUGCACCCAAUUGCCUUGUUACGUCCUAUAACUGCUGGCAAUUGUUGCACUCAAAUGAGAUUCUUAAGGCUGAUUUUACACAACUGAUAAUUUGCAUUCCAGCAUUAUCUCUUUGGAUUCAAAAAUUUCUUAUGGACCUCUCGGUAUAUGUGGGUCAACACGAGGAGACCCAUUCGUUACUACAAUCGCCGAAUGUUCGCAGCAUGAGUCAGCUGGAAAAGAAUGUUCGCCUUCUUGGUUUGGCCCUUGCUCAAGGUAACAUUAACGUGCACUUGUUCGAGCUGAUGAGUAAUAUAGUGCAAAACUUGCCAGCCACUAAUGGUACCUAUUUGCAAAGCAUAUCGCUUUCUCCGGCUUCUAGAGUACUAAUGCUGAUGCCGUUGACGAAGCGUUCUAUUCUCCACUACAUUGUGCAGGUCCUUAUUACUCUGCUAAAAGCCAAGUUAGGCGAUCCGGAUUGUUCUAGUGCGCUGAUGGGUAACCUUCUGGUUUUGUGUCAGCUUAAUUGGCCGCAUGAGUCGACCAUCGUCGAAAUUAUCUUCGAGAUCAUCAAAUCGCGGCGACAAUUUAGCUACCUGCUCUUUACCAGUUACAUCAUUAAUGUGGAAAUUGUCGAAGAAUUUAUGUACCUCUGGCAGAAAUGCCCUGAAAUAAAGCUGGAAUUUGCCCUUCCGCAGUCUGCCGGUGGUUUAACGGCGCCCGGUGGUUCCCGUCGAAUUGGUACACGUGGUUCGGAUCGCGGUGUGAAGGAGGACUUUAAGCAGGUCAUACGACAACAAAUCGCACGCUGCAACGAGGACUUGGAUGAUUUGAUUGCACAGUUUCUACAGCAACAGCAUUUGGCCCUACUGCAGAACAUUUUCGAAAAGUAAGAUUUAUGCUGUCGACUGGAUCUCUAGAAUGGUUUGUUCCAUAGUUUUAGCUAACACUGGGAAAUUGUGUUUAUCCGGAUUUUUAAGAGAAUAAAGUAAGAUAGG